AAAUUGCCUUUAAGAUCAGAUACUCAUUUUGAAUUGAGGCAUAUCAGGAUAAUGUUGGCUGUGCAUGUUGCAUAUUGAUCUUUGUGGAGCGUUUUUACCUCAGUGUGGUAAAUAAUAUAAUCUUUGUCGACAUUGACAGCGUUGUUGAUACUUGGAGUUGUAAUUUCAGAUAAUCAGCUAGGUUUGCAUUGCGAUUUGGGAUAUCUUCUGCGACUUGUAAUUGAAAAAUUAGUUGUGAAUUGUGGAUUUUAUUGUGGAUUUGAAAUAAUUUUAGGUUUAAUUGGCCGCAUGAUAGUUAGUAUUUGUGAAAAUUAUGAUUUAUCAAUUAUUUAUUGUGAUGAAAUAGUGUUUAAGAAAUAUUGGCUAAUUCAGAGUGAAUAUUAGGAAGAAAUACGAUACAUCAGAAUGGAAAUGAUUAGGUGUAAAUUGUGUUAAUUUUGUGUUUAUUCACUUAUAGGUGUGCUAUAAUUGUAUUGCUGUUUGUUUAUUGUGUAGUGAAUAUUUUGAGUGUUUUUAUGAAAAUCAAUCUGGAUUAAAAAGUAAAUUCCGUUUAUUAUUGUGAUGAAAUUCUUCUUAAAUGGGAUGAUAUAACCAAAGGAUGAGUGAUGUCACGGUUUGUUAAGAAGUGCCCGUGUCUGCGGCCAAAGAUCCAGGAGGAGGUGCGCACGCUUGACUACCGCCACUGCAGCCUGCGCGACGUGCCUGGCGAGGUGUUCAGCUAUGAACGCACACUGGAGGAACUUCUAGUAGACUCCAACCAGAUACAGGACCUGCCACGAGAGCUGUUUUACUGUCAUGGCCUCCGUAAGCUGAGUAUCAGUGACAAUGAGAUCAAGCAGAUACCAGGAGCCAUUGGGCAGCUCAUCAGCCUGGAGAACCUCGACCUCAGUAAAAAUGGUGUAAUUGAUAUCCCAGAAAACAUCAAGACCUGCAAGUAUCUACAGGUGGUGGAUGCUAGCAUAAAUCCCUUGGGGAAAUUACCUGAAGGAUUUUCACAGCUGCCUAAUCUCACUCAACUGUACUUGAAUGAUACAUUCUUGGAUUACCUCCCUGGAAACUUUGGAAGGUUGACCAAAUUGAAGGUGCUGGAAAUCCGCGAGAAUCACCUGAAAACAUUGCCCAAGUCGUUCUCUCGUCUUAUUGAACUGGAGAAGUUGGACAUCGGGCACAAUGAGUUCACAGAACUGCCUGAUGUCAUUGGGAGCCUAUCUAGUCUACUGGAGCUAUGGUGUGACCACAAUCAGAUUCAGUCCAUUACUCCAACAAUCGGGAACCUCAAGCAACUUAUGUUUUUUGACGGCUGCAAGAAUGUGAUCCACAGUCUUCCCAGUGAGAUAGAAGGCUGCGUUUCAUUGGCUGAUCUCCACCUGACAACCAAUCGAAUCCAGGCUCUGCCAGACACCAUCUGUAACCUUGGCAACCUGACCACUCUCAAGGUGGAUGACAACUGUCUCGCAGUGUUGCCUCAGAAUAUGGGAGCGUUACAAUCUCUGUCAGAGUUGAAUGUCAGUGCCAAUGCCCUCACAGAGUUGCCUCCCUCCCUGGGGUUGCUAAGAUACCUCCGCACUCUCUACGCAGACGACAAUGAGCUCGCUUACAUUCCUGCAGAGAUCGGUAGCUGCACGGGUAUCACAGUGCUGUCCUUGAGGUGCAACAAGCUGCCCUACAUUCCGGACGAGAUAGGACACAUUCCCCGCUUACGAGUUCUCAACUUGAGCACCAAUCAGCUUGUCUGUCUGCCAUUUACUAUCACCAAGUGUAAACAGCUUCAGGCCCUGUGGUUGUCAGAAAACCAGACUCGGCCCCUGGUUCCCCUGCAGUCGGAGCAUGAGCCUGACACCGGCAGGAAGAUUCUCACCUGCUACCUCCUGCCUCAGAGGCCUGCACAGGACUCAGGAGAAGGUGGUGACACAGACAGCUUCCACGCCUCUAUGUGGGACGAGGAGAGGCGCAAUAGACAGCAGAUACACUUUGAGUUUGCAGACGAAUCAGAUGUCGAUGGUAACUUUAUCAGACAGCCUACGCCCUACCCUAAAGAAAUGCGGGAAAAAGCACGCCACCUGAAAAAUCUCGCCUUACGUCAACAGAUGAGCAAUGGUCAAGGGUCAAGGUCACAAGGGGAGGAUAAUCCAGGAUAUGAAGAGAAAAUGACCUUUGUCUUUAAGAUGUCUCCCUCCAUGGAAAGGCUAACAAUUAGCAAGGAAAUGGACAGUGCAGACGUUCGGACUCGUGAAAUUCUUGCUCAGAAACCUUUGUCGCCGUCGUUGCAUGAUCCCUACAGUCUAUUUAAGUUUGAUAAGGAAAAGCAUGCUCGUGACAAGGCUAGAAUGCAGCAUCGUCAUGACAACGAAGAGGAAAUGAGGUCACCACAUAAGGCAGGUAGCCGAGAAAACUCACCUGCAGCAUCUGACAGGAGUUCACGUAAAGGAAAAGAAAAGCGGUCAAAGUCGGAGAGCACUGAAGAUGACGGAGGUUUCCAGGAACGGAGAGUCACCUCCCCUGGUUCUACGCCUGACGUUCCCAUGGUAACAGAGGAGAGACGUGCUUCACAACCAUCAACCAGACAGAAGUUCACAUACUGCUCCCCUGAAGAAUUGUCUGAGAAUCUUUCAUCGAGGUCUGGGGACCACAGGCAUGGUAGUCACCCAAGGUCACACCGACACCGGAGGAUGCGUGAAUACGACUCUGAUACCGGUUACCGCAGCGACCAGGAGCUGAUGAAGUUUCGUCAUCAUCAGCAACAGUUGUACCAGCAGCACAGUGACAAUUACAGUGAAAUAAUUCCAGUGAACCGGACUAGGGGUCGUCGUAGAGACGGCUACUCCAGUGACCUUGAGGGUUACUCUCAGAGGGCAAUGGUGGCAGCAUACAGGGAACAAAAUACUCUUGAUCACCCCUCCCCGCAUCGCUCCCAGAUGCAUCCAUCAUUUAAUGAUGGUAGAUCUCAAAGCAAUCAGAGCAUUGCUGUGCGAAAUGAUGAACUGUAUGAACAGAAUCCUAUGCAACCGUCCUCUCCAAGCCCUUUACAGCGGAGGAAUGUGAUUGACCAGUCGACCCCUGUGACCCCCAUGUCUGCCAGGCGGGACUAUGGGAAGACAGAUCCCGACCCAGUGUCCAGUCCGAUGAGCAACAUGUCACUUGUGGACCCUGAAAACAGAUACAUGCCCACAUCACCCCCACAGUCCCAGCCUGGAAACACCAGAGAUGACCGUCCAGUUCCUCCCUACAAACCUGCCCCACCAUACUUGGCGUCCCAAGGUGCUAGAAAGCUCCCCUCGACCCCUAAUAGGACAUCACCAUAUGGGGCAUCACCGUAUGAUGCCCGUCCUCGCGCUUCCCCUAUGAAGGAUUAUCAUCAGCGAAUGCCUGAUAUCCAAGAACUCAGGGACAGUCGAUCUGACCUUUCAACCCAGAGGUCAAGGUCAUACCAGAAUGGCAUUGACCUUGAAGCUCUGAAUUACCGAAAUAGUGUUAAUAUUAGUAGUGAUCCUAAUUAUAUGCAAGAUUCUCCGCGGACACCUACCAUGCAGAGUGGCAAUGUGUUAUCUAGGUCAUUUCAGGGUCAUCACCUAGGUGAGGUGACCCCUGCCUCUUCCAAGGACUCUGGUAACUCAAGUUACCAUGACAGAACUAUUGGUGAAUCCCCCGUGGACAUGAGGAACUCCCCUCUCUCAGGAAUUAAUGAAAGGCGAAACUCAAGUAGAAACUCGCCCUUGGACUAUAGCAGUGACCAACGAAGAAUGUUCAGUAAAUAUGAAACUUCAUAUCACGAACAGCCCAGUGUAGACAUACCGCAUUAUGAUGACAUUGUUUUGUAUAAAGGGUCUGAACCUGCAUCCCAAGUGUCCAGUUCGACAGAUAGCGGUUAUGGGCAUAACAUUAUUGAAAGAAUGCUGGAGACUCAAAGGUUCUCUGGUUCAAAGGGUUCCGCCUCUCCGGACCAGUUCAAUUCGGACAGCACCUGCACUUCCUCUUCUCACCAGGACACUGGGGACCAGUAUUCAAGGGGGACCACUCCAGUCAACCUCUUAGACUCCCAGCCUAGAGAGCUCCAAGGUCAAGGGUCAAGGCCAGAACGGUUUCGUGUGAAAAUAACUAAGAAUCCGGGUUUAGGAUUCAGCAUAGCUGGGGGCAUAGGAGCCUAUGGCAAUCCAUUCCGUUCCAACGACUUGGGUAUAUUUGUGACCAAGGUGCAGCCAAGGGGCCCAGCAGCUACUACCCUACAGAGAGGGGACAAACUACUUGAGGUGAAUGGUAUUGAUUUCCAAACUAUCGAGCACAAGUCUGCAGUAAACAUCUUAAAGACCAUAGAGAGUGCAGCGUCCCUGUUUGUGGAAAGGGAGACAACCAGCUGACAGGAGGAGCAGCAGGCUGUUACCUGGAUAUAGUCAUGGCAUGAUUGCCUCCCUUAGACCACUAGAUGCCAUUAAAAGCAACGAUAUUCAUUGGCUCAACAUUUUUGCUAUUUGAGUGAAUCACUAUGAACAAAAAUAUUACAGACAUGAAACUGAAAUAUAUAAUGAAUGCUUAUUAUUUGAUGAAUUUCAUUUGUAUAAAGUUAUUCACUUAAAUAGUAUGAACUUCUGUUUAUGAGUAUUUUGAAGUUUUUAACAAAUUUAGUGGUCCAUGAGAGAUGAUGUCCUAUGCCUAUGUCUGGUAAAGUCUGCUGCGAAUGUCGUCCUCUGUAUAUAUGUACAUACUUGGUACCAUUCAUUUCAAGUACAGAUGUCACCAAUGCACCCGCACCAGCCGUAUGCUCAAAACUUAUAUUCUUAUGUUGGAUAAUGUAUGGCUGUAUGAAUUAUUUGUUCUACACACUUAUUUGAGCAAAGAAGCCCUUCUGUUUCUUCCAGGAGUAAAUGAAUUGAGUACAUUUCACAAGUUUACUUUAAAAUUGAUUUUCAUACAUGAUCUUAGCUGAACUGAAUACAAAUCAGAAUCAGAAAUGUAAACCUCUAGUUGUCCCAUGUUCCAGUGCAUUUUGUUUGUUGAAAUGCUAAUAGUGUACUAUGCACAUGUUUAUUUUGAUCUCAUUGUGUCUUUACAAUAGAUUAUGUCUCUUGUGUAUGUUUUUUAUACCAACAUAAGUAUGUUAAAGCAAAAUGGAUUUUUAUAUUUAUAGUUAGUGUAAUGCCUGUGAAAAUAAAACUAUUGAAACAUGAAUGUGUAAAUAUAUAAUGUUAUUUAUUGUAUCAUCGUUUUCAUGUUGGAAAUAGCAGUAUGGUGCUAGUUGAACACUACUUUAGUAAUUUAAAAAUUUUGCAUUUAUGUUUAUUUUAAAGUCUAUGCAUUUGGAAUUUGUCCCGCAUCAAUAUUCGGACAGAAUUGUUCCUACGUUUUUUUUCCUUGUUUUCAUUUAUUACAUGAAUUCUUCUUUCUUUGAAACAACUGUUUUAAUAAAACAACAAAAGUUAAGAGUUUGUAUAUGGUAAGAUUCUAAGAUCAUCUGAGCACGUCUGAUCAUCUGUUGUCUGUUAACAAUUUGUUUAACCCUUUACUGCUUAGAUACGAAUUUUACACAUUUGUAGUUCGUAUGAAAAUAUCAUUUAAUUCAAGACCUAUCUUACUAAAUUCAAGUUGUAAAGGCUUCAUUUCCAACCCUUAGAUACUGAUGAGCAGCAAACAGCAUAAAACCUAAACAGACUCACUUUGCUUCUGAGAGGGAAAGGGUUAAACACUUUAGAGGCCAUGUUUAUGCCCAAUGGUAUCUAAUUUGGUCAGAGCAUUUGUUUUCUUAAUAUCUCCUCAAUAUUCGCAAUGGUUUCAUGUUUGGUUGUUAAAACUAGAGUAAGUGAAAAAAACUUAUAAACACUCUAGAAGUCACACAUUUUGCUUCAACAACAGGAAACUUGGUCAAUAAUUUGUUGCAAUGAUAUCUUAUACUAGUACAUUUGUAUUUACUUUGGCUUAAGAAGUCACAUUUUUUGCAAAUCAGCUUGACACUUGGUCAGAACAAUAGUAUUAAUUAUAAUUCAAGCAUGGUUAUAAAAAUACAACCAUGAGAGAGCAGUGCAGUUUUUGCCGUAUGGUUAUAUUAAAAACUAUAAAGGCAUGUUAACAAAGUAAUACUAUAUUAUACUUUAUAUGUCCUUAUAGCAUGAACUCAAGAGUGGGUCCUUGGACCCUAUUGAUUGUGUGUGUUUUAUUAUUAAAGCAUAUCAAAAUCAUGAAAUAACCAUAUCCAACCAUAAAUAUUCCAGCAAACAUAUGAGCGGCGUUUUGAGAAAACUGGGCAUAAUGCAUGUGUGUAAAGUGUUGUCCCAGAUUAGCCUGCACAGUCCACACAGGCUAAUCAGGGAUGACACUUUCCGACUACAUUGGAUAUUUGCUAGAAAGAGACUUCAUUUAAACAAAAAAUGUCAUAAAAGCAGAAAGAGUUGUCCCUGAUUAGCCUGUGCGGACUGCAUAGGCUAAUCUGAGACGACACUUUACGCACAUGAAUUAUGCCCAGUUUUCUCAGAACACGACUCGUAUCAAUAAAAAAGACUGGUUAAAUCAUUCUUGUAAGUUAUGUUUUGAAACUCAAGUUAUCAUUGUCUGUUCUUAAAUUGUAUGCGUCAAAACUGUUCCAUUAUAAAUACGGUUUGUGUUUUGAAUGUGCUGAACUUUUUAUGUCCCCCACUAUGGGGGACAUAUUGUUUUUGCCCUGUCUGUUGGUCUGUCUGUUUGCGCCAACUUUAACAUUUUGCAAUAACUUUUGCUAUAUUGAAGAUAGCAACUUCAUAUUUGGCAUGCAUGUGUAUCUCAUGAGUGUUGAAAGGUCAAGGUCAUCCUUCAAGGUCAGAGGUCAAAUAUAUGUGGCCAAAAUCGCUCAUUUUAUGAAUACUUUUGCAAUAUUGAAGAUAGCAACUUGAUAUUUGGCAUGCAUGUGUAUCUCAUGGAGCUGCACAUUUUGAGUGGUGAAAGGUCAAGGUCAUCAUUCAAGGUCAGAGGUCAAUUAUAUGGGGCUAAAAUCGCUCAUUUUAUUAAUACUUUUGCAAUAUUGAAGAUAGCAACUUGAUAUUUGGCAUGCAUGUGCAUCUCAUGGAGCUGCUCAUUUUGAGUGGUGAAAGGUCAAGGUCAAGGUCAUCCUUCAAGGUCAGAGGUCAAAAAUAUAUGUGGCCCAAAUCGCUUAUUUUAUGAAUACUUUUGCAAUAUUGAAGAUAGCAACUUGAUAUUUGGCAUGCAUGUGUAUCUCAUGGAGCUGCACAUUUUGAGUGGUGAAAGGUCAAGGUCAUCCUUCACAAGGUCAAGGUCAUCCUACAAUGUCAAACAUCAUAUAGGGGGACAAUGUGUUUCACAAACGCAUCUUGUUUAGUCAGAAAAAAUUUAAGAUUACUUAUGUGUCUUCUUUAUUGUCAAUGGCAGCUGCAUUUCAACGGUUGAAGGUGAGACUGCUGUAUCUAAUAUGGAAAUAUAAAACAGGUACAACAGUCUCACACUCAGCACUUGUUUUUGUUUUGACUUGUACAUAUAUUUUGUAUAUAUAUUAAUAGUACCUAUAAAUGUACUAUCAGGUUAACCACGAUGAAAAAACAAUACUUGUAAAUAUGUUGUCUCUGUAUGACAUGAAUUUGGUUGAUGAAUAGUUUUAACAUAUUUUAAAGUUUUAACAAAAUAGUGAAAAUAUUUAUCGUGCUACAGUGAUUAUAAUUACCUGAUUGUUGGAAUUUUUCAGUAUUUUAAUGUUUAUCAUUGCAAAACAGUGUAAGAAAAAUCAUAUUGUUAGUUUUAUAUAAGUUAUUGCAAUGGAAUGGUAAAAAUGAAUAAAAUGUUGAAACUGUG